AUGGCGGCGACUUACGGCGCGGGAAAGAUGUCUCCGGUCGGCCGGCGGCGGCCCCGCUCCCGUCCCCGCUGCCGCUCCUGCCGCUCCGCUCCGCCCGCGGGGCCACCGGGAUCGGCUGGACGGGCUGUUGGAGCUCCCACAAUGCCCCGCGCGGCCGCGCGUCACAUCCACCGCCCGCCCCUCACGGCGGGGCCGCCUCACGGUCCCGCACGAAGCAUCGCAGUCACUCACGAUCGCCGCAGGGUUUCCCCGCGGUGCACUCACAGUCCACUCACGGAUCCCCUCACGAUCCCUCACGGCUGGGUCCCCGGUGCCGCGAUCAUGGAGGUUCCCAGGGGCUCUCCUGCCUCUCCUCCCGCCCGCACGGCCCGCAGGCGGCAGCUGGCCCGGCCCGGCUGUUGA